GGCAGAAUGUAACACAUUACCGGCAGCUGACGUCACGCGCUGUUGCAUGUGGAUAAGCGAUCAAUAGCAUAACAAUUGAGUUUCGUAAACUGUGUCGUUUUGGUUGUAGUUAACUUAGCAUAUUAAAAAGAUUGUGGAAGCUGAGCGGCCGCAGUUCAUUCAUAUGGACCGACAAAAGACAGCAGUAAUUAGAAAAACCGCUGCAACCAUCUAAACUUGCUGGCCAAAGCGCUACUCCAGCAAAGGAAGGGAAAGUACUUUUGUGGUGCAGGCUACAUGACAUGGAGAACUACAGAAAAGCACGCACAGUCGAGCAGCCCUGCCCGUGUCCGUUCCCCGACCUGCCCAGCGACACUCCAGAAGUUCGAGUGAAGGAUGGUAGCAAAAUCCGCAACCUGAUGAGGUUUGCUUUAAGCCGUAUGGAGGAGAAAACAGCCCCCGCGGAUCAUCCAGGCCCUCAUGAAGGCUCAGAGGUGAGCGUCGGGUUGGGGGAGAAUCUGUGCCGCCAAAUCGUGUUCACGGGUGUGGGUCAGAGCGUGGCUAAAGCUAUCACAUGUGUGGAGAUCAUGAAACGCCGUGUACAUGGCCUACACCAGCACACCAAGCUGGUCUAUCGCACGGUUCAGGAGGUCUGGGAGCCCCUGGAGCCCGAGGCUGGCUUGGACAGUCUCACAGUCAGCAGAAAUGUGCCCAGUAUAUGGGUCCUGCUUUCCAGAGACUCACUUGAUAAGAACCAGCCGGGUUACCAAGCUCCAGGUUCUUUUGAUGCCUUGUGGGCUCAGGCUCUCAAAGAGGAAGCAGCAGCUCCGAAACAUGGACAGAGAAGGAAGAGGGGAGGAACAGGGGCUGGAAGGACAGAAGGGGCUGGGAGAGGAAAGGGUCCACGCAAGCACCCGGUUCGACCUGGAGAACCACGUAAACCUCUAGGUCAUGCUGGGGGUGGGCAGGAUUGAAUCAGGAUUUCUGGGAUCAGGAUUGUCUUCCUGCUGUAGCUUGGUUCAUAUUAAGUAUUUUCCCCUUUGAAGUGCCAUGUCUUGAGAAUGUCUGUCAUAAAAAUGAGAGUUUAAAAGGGCAAUACAUAAGUCCCUUUAUAGUUCACCUAAAAAUAAAAUUCUGUUGUUAUUGAUUCAUCCUUAGCUGUUUCUUUAAAUAAAUUAAACUGACUUCAGAAAAGCAUUACAUUUCCCCAUUGAAAUAUUGUGCCAAAGA